AUGAAAUCAUUAAGAUUGAUAAGGCAAUAUUCAAAAAAGCCUGAAUUAUUCUUAAACCCUCAUGCAUGGGAAGGUUUACCAGCCGAUCAAAUUUUCCAAUUACAUCAAAUCAGAAAAAAUUACUUAGGUGAAGCAUAUAAUCCAACCAAUGAAGAAAGAACUGCAAUUUUAUCAACAAUAACAUCAUUAUCUAAAAAUAAACCUACAUUAGAUUAUUCAUUUGAAAUUGAAAAUUUUAAAGAAAGAGUAAUGAAUAAUACCCCUAUGAAAGAUAGAGGAAAACCACAAAAAUUAAGUAAUCAAUUUGUUGUAAAUUCAGGAUCUAUUCCACAUAAUGAAACAAGAUAUGAACAAUUAAAUAGAAUAUCAGCUUUUGAAAUGCCGUUAUUAGCAAAAUAUCGCGAAAUUUACACUCCACCAAACACCACAGAAUCACCAAUAAAAUUAAUUUAUAAUUCAGAUUUUUCAAAUGAAACUUCAAAUCAAUUUAAUAGAAAAGUUACAUUAUUUGUAAAAUUAAAAGAUUUAAAAUUAUCACCAAAACAAGAACAUAAAUUUAAAAUACUAUCAGGUAAAAGAUUUCAUCAUAGUUUACAAACUUUUCAAUUAAAAUCUGAAAAAUUUCCAGAAGCUUCACAAAAUGUAACUUGGUUAAUAUCAACUUUCAAUAAAUUAUUAAAAGAAUCAAAAGAUUUAUCAAAGGAGACUUUUGAAGAUAUUCCAUUGGAUAAACGUCAUAUGAAAACUUGGACUACAAAAAAGAAACCAGUUGAAUUUCCUGAAAAUUGGAAAAAACCUGAAGAUGCUCCAAUAAAGAGACAUGAGAUUGUUUCUGAAUUGGUUGAAAUAAGUAAAAAUAAAUUAGAUAAUGAUCAAUUACAGAAAAUAAGUCCAUAA